AUGAGCGCUCAAUUCGUCCACGGCGGAAUAAUCGCAUCAGUGAGAGUCUGCGAGAGAAAACUCAGCUCAGUCAGUACCUAUACGUCGUCAUCAUACCCUCCUACAGGAGCGGACAGUGCUGCCUUACGGAAAACACUGUGCUGUUAUAUCUUUUGCGGACUGCCGACGGAACAAGCGGUACGCAGCGAAGCCCGGAUCGAUUGUGCUGUUGCUGCUGUUGGUGCUGCUAGCGGUGAUGAUGGUAGUGGUGAUGAGGAAGUGGAGAACGGUGCUGUAAGGUACCGGCAGGAUGCCACGACGACGUGCUCAGUUGGUUCUGACGACAGCGACGACCAACAGAUGUUUUCUUCCUCGCAUGCAUAUAUGUAUAUGUAUGUAUGUGUAUGUGUGUAUGUGUAUGUGUGUAUGUAUACGUAA